AAAAUUGGAUUUUGGGUCAAAGAACUUUUCUUCUAAAGUCUAAUAUAAGGUAGGCAAAGGGGAGAGAGGAUCCAGAGCUCUCUGUUGAUUCUUCACUCGUCGGUCUUCUUCCCCACCCUCGCUUCCUUGCAAUCUAGAAAAUUCACUCUGCAGAGUUUUGUUCAUCUUCAAGCUCUAAUCCCAGGAAUUGUGAAGAAGAAAUGUCGGGGCCUCAGUGCUGCGAGAAUCCACCAACCCUCAACCCAAGCUGCGGAGGAGGUCAUGUGGAAGAGCUUGGUGGACUAAAGUCUUACGUUUCUGGUUCCCCUGAUUCCAGGCUCGCCAUUCUUCUCAUUUCCGACAUCUUCGGAUUUGAAGCUCCAAACUUGAGGAAGCUAGCGGACAAAGUUGCAACUGCUGGAUUCUAUGUGGUGGUUCCAGACUUCUUAUAUGGCGACCCUUAUAAUCCUGACGAUUCUGAGAGGUCUAUACAAGCCUGGUUAAAGGAUCAUGGAACGGACAAAGGAUUUGAAGAUGCUAAACCAGUUAUUGAAGCUCUGAAAAGCAAGGGUGUGUCUGCGGUUGGAGCUGCAGGUUUUUGUUGGGGUGCUAAAGUCGUUGUGGAACUAGCGAAGGCUGGCUAUAUCCAAGCUGCUGUGCUGUUACAUCCUUCAUUUGUUAGUUUGGAUGAUAUCAAGGGCGUUACAGCUCCCACUGCUGUCUUGGGUGCUGAGUUUGAUCAAAUGUCUCCACCAGAGCUCAUUAAAAAAUUUGAGGAGGCUUUAGCUGCUAAACCGGAGGUCGGUAGUUUUGUGAAGAUAUUUCCAGGAGUUGCUCACGGAUGGACUGUUAGGUACGCUACCGAGGACCAAGCAGCUGUGAAAUCUGCAGAAGAGGCCCAUCAGAACAUGUUGGAAUGGUUUUCUAAAUAUAUAAAAUGAGAACAUAAAUAAAUGUUGCGUGUCCUCUGCAUACCAUAUGUAUGAUAUGAACCAUACAAGAUUCAUUGGUGGGUCCUUAUAGCUAAAUUUCAUGUUAUGGUUAAGAAGUAUUUGAACUCUUUUAAUUGUUUUCCUUGACAUGUAUGGAUGGUUUGAAGAAAGAAAAUUGAGAAUGAUUUUACA